AGCUAACAGAGGAAACUUUUUACAGUGUGUGUGCAGCUGUGGUGACUCACAGCAGUUGUGUGUUUAAAUGUGUGGAGUUAGUGUGCGAUACCACUUUGCCAUCAUGAAGCUGCUGCUGCUGCUCGCUGUGCUCUCAGUUGGUGAAGGUGGCAGCAGCAGGAAAGUUGCAGGCCGAGCCGGUGGCAGCGUCACUCUGCCGUGUAGCUACGACAUGAAGAAUCGCAAGCCGCUGUCAGUUUGCUGGAAUCGAGGAAACCUACCAGUGUUUAAAUGCGACAAUGUGCUCAUCGCCACAGACGAGCUGAGCGUGAGAGAGGACAGCAGAAGGUCCAGCAGGUAUCAGCUGCUGGGACGACUGGACCAGGGGGACGUGUCCCUGACCAUCCUGAACAUCACAGAGUCGGACGCUGGACAAUACGGCUGCAGAGUGGACAUCCCCGGCUGGUUCAAUGAUGACAAACACCACCUUGACUUGACUGUUGACUCAGCUCCACAGACGACCACAUCAGUGAACUCAGAGACGUCCACACUGCAGAAAACCGACACACACACUGCAGGUCACAUGAACGCCACAGAAACCGUCCUGACUUCCUCCUUUAGCAGCGUCAUCAGACAGCAGGAGAGCAGCAGUGUGACCGUGGCUCUGGUGUCUGUCAUGUUCGGGUUGAUAGUUUUUGUCACAGCGGGCGGAGUCAUCAUCCUCGUGAGAAAAUGGAUGCGACUCCACAAAGUCCGUGAAGCGUGAAGAGUGAAGCUCCGCCCACUGACCUGCCUGGGGUCAGGUCCAUCCCACACAGCAUCAGAGACAGUGUGGACAUGGACAUUCCAGACCUCUGAUGUCACAGUGCUGGGCAUUUAGUAGAAGAAUAGUAACAACCUACGAGGCUCAUGGGUAAUGAGCGUCAGUUGUUUUCAGUGAGAGACGACAUGUCACAACAGGAUUUCAUGUAUUUAUCAGAUUGUUAAUAAACGUUACAGUUUAUCAGA